AUGGUACAGAAAUGUGGUUAUUUGCCAUUGGCAAUUUCUUUACUUGGUGGGGUUUUGAGAGAGAAAAAAUCGAUUGUUGAGUGGAAAUCAGUAAAUGAGAACAUCAAAGCAGCCAUAUAUGGAGUUGAAGAGCAGAUUGAUGGAGUGCUAAAUUUAAGCUAUGAAAGUUUACCCUAUUAUUUGAAGCCUUGCUUUCUCUUGAUGGGUAUUUUCAAGGAGGACGAAAUCAUAGAUGCUUGGCGUCUAUAUAAGAUGUGGAUAGCACAAGGCAUGAUUUCAUAUGAGAAUAUUGGAGAUAAGGAGGACACUUUAAUGGAUAUCGCUGAGCUGUACUUAAGUGAGUUAGCCUCCAGGUCCAUUGUUCAAGUUGAAAUUAAUCUUGAUUAUGAUGUAGCAAGUAGAAAUUUAAAGUAUAAUACAUGCAAACUUCAUGAUGUAGUAAGAGAACUAUGCUUGAAAUUGGGAAAAAAGGAGCAUUUUGGUGUGCAGAGUUUGGAGUAUAAAGGUGGGAAACUUAGUACCUUACUACAGGAAGCUUCGUCGCAUAUGAAGAUACAACAUCUGGUAAUAUAUUUCAGAAAUGAAGUCGAGUAUGAGCAUAUAGUUGCUUGGGGAGAAGAUACUUGGGAGCAUAUAAGGUCUGUUCGAUUAUUCAAUCGCAUAGGAUCGGAUGUUGUUGAGUUCCCCCCACAAAGUAUUGUUGACUUUCAGAAAUUCAAAUUGGUAAGAGAUCUAUAUUUUUUUAGAUUCAAAUUUGCAGGAGGAAAGUUACCAAGAGGAAUCACUAAACUUGUUCACCUUAGAAGUUUGCGUUUACAAAGAUGUGAACUUGAUAAGCUACCCUCUUCCAUGAAGAAUUUGGUAUAUAUGGAUACCCUUGAUUUGAGCUAUUCAGAGAAUAUUGAAGUUCCAAAUGUAUUUAAGGAGAUGUUGCGAUUAAAACACUUGAUUCUUCCUAUCUAUGGAGAAGAAAACAUUAGAAAUUAUCGACUAAGAUUGGAUGAGGGAGUAUAUGAUUUGGAGACUCUACUAUUCUUUGAUAGCAGAUGCCAUGAACUUAAAUGUAUGGACAGAAUGAAGAAUCUCCGAUUUUUUAUGGCAUCAAUAUACGAUAAUGAAAGCUUGUCAGCUAUAAUGAAUGACAUUAUGAACUGGAACAAGAUACAGGAUAUCCAAGUAUCCAUUCGAGAAAGUUGCGACUUAACAAGUGAGCGAAUGCUGGAGAAGGCUUUGACAUGUCCCAAUCUUUAUCAAUUGUAUAUCAUUUCUAAGCUAGGGAAGGCGCUAGCAGAGAGCGGGAGUGACUUCUUGAUCUCUGAACUUAGGUUUUUGAACUUGUAUAGGACCGAGAUUGAGGAUGAUCCAAUGGGGAUACUGGGAAAGCUUCCUUGCUUGAUAAUAUUGCGAUUACAUAAGGAAUCAUUUGUUGGGGAGGAGAUGAGGUGUCCAGCAAACAGUUUUCCUCGCCUCAAGAAGCUAACAUUAAGAGGUUUGCCAAAGUUGAGGGAGUGGAGAGUGGAGUCAGGAGCCAUGCCCCUUCUCUCUAAAUUAACAAUCGGGGAGUGUUCUUGUUUGGAGAUGGUUCCAGAGGGAUUGAGUGGCAUUUCUACCCUUCAGACUCUCGUAAUAAAAAAAUGCCGGAAUUGA